CCGCAAGCUUCUCUCUCCUCUCUCCGUCUGCUACUCAUCAACCGUGACGUCAGGGCGGCGCGGCGCGGGGGAGCUGUCCUCGCGCGCAGGGUGCUGCUGCUGAAACAAGAUGGCUGUGCGCGCAGGAGGAGCAGCGGGGGAGAGCUGAGGCAAUGCAGAGGAGGAAGAAGAGGGGGGCGAGGAAUUCACUCCCGUGUGUCUUGUCCUGCCAAAAGAGCAACAGCUCCGCGGAGAAACAGACGAGCGCUUCUGAGAUGAUGCGGAUUUGUUUCCGGUACCUUUUAGGGUAACGGUUUUUUGGCGGUUUGACUUCUUUUUGUUGUAACCAAGAGACAAACGGACUGACCAAACAAAAUCACGGAGCACUCAGUAGAGGACAGCCGGGGACGCUCACGCCGCUAUCAGAGAUGUCCCUGCUGUGUGUGGGAGUGAAGAAAGCCAAGCUGGAUGGACCCCAAGAGAAGUUCAACACUUAUGUGACUCUAAAGGUACAAAAUGUGAAGAGCACAACCAUUGCUGUCAGGGGCAACUUGCCCAGCUGGGAGCAAGACUUCAUGUUCGAAAUUAACCGCCUGGACCUGGGUCUGACAGUAGAGGUGUGGAACAAAGGGUUAAUCUGGGACACCAUGGUUGGCACCGUGUGGAUUCCUCUUCGUAGCAUCAGACAGUCAAAUGAGGAAGGUCCAGGGGAGUGGCUCACACUGGAUUCUCAGGUCAUCAUGGCUGACAAUGAGAUUUGUGGCACCAAAGAGCCCACUCUCCACCUGGUGCUGCUCGACACGCGCUUUGAACUGCCUCUCGAUAUCCCGGAGGAUGAGGCACGAUACUGGGCCAAAAAACUGGAGCAGCUCAACGCCAUGAGGGACCAAGAUUAUUCAUACCAGGAGGAGCAGGAACGCCCUCUCCGUGUACCAGGAACCCAAUGCUGUAACUGGAGUCUAUGGGGAGACCAACAAAAUGAAGACCCAGACAGUGCUGUGGACGACAGGGACAGCGACUAUCGCAGUGAAACCAGUAAUAGCAUCCCCCCUCCCUACUACAGCACAUCCCAGCCCAAUGCCUCUGUCCACCAGUAUCCCAUCAGCCAGCAGCACCGCGGCUCCAGAAGCUUCUCUUACCCACGCUCUGGCAACAGCCACGACCUCGAAUACCAACAUCAGAGGACUGUCAGUCCCUCGGGGAGCUAUGCAUCAUCUGCAGAGCUGAGCCGGUGCAGCAGUCAGCUGAGCGAGGAGGACUAUGGCGGUGAAUAUGGCGAAAGGGAUCCUUACGACGAGAACGACUCUUACCACUCCUGCCACUCCUCGGUCAGCUACAGUAAAGGCUCUCCAGACUGGGACCCCGAUGAGACCCAAGGGGCGUACAGUGAUGAGGGCGGCUACAGCAAAGAUGGGGGAGAGGAGGUGGCUCUGUACGAGGAGGAUGAUGUAGGACUGUAUGGGGGAGAAGAGGAGGGCCUCUAUGAGGAUGAGGAGAUGAUGUAUGACGACGAGGAUUUGUACAAUUUGGAUGGGACCCUCAGUGAGGACAUGGAGCCUCCAUUCACCCCCACCCCAACAUCAACAGCCCCCCCAGCUCUGGAUGUGCCCAGCUCCAGACCUCCUCUAGAGAAACAACCCUCCUUACACCAACAGCAGCCCCCCGCUCAACCCCCUAACCAAACAUCCAACCAGUCUCACCAUUCUGGCAUGGUCCCAUCGGCACAGCCCCCUUCUUGUCAACCAACAGCCCAACCACCUAAACAACCCCAGCCCCAAGCACAGCCUCAGCCAGCCCCGUCUGCCACUUCCUUCUUCUCAAUGGCCAAACCUCUAACAGCUGCAGUCACAGGCUUGGCCUCUACUUUCCUGUCUUCUGUUCCCACCGCCCAGCCUGCCCAGUCUCACCCUCCAACUCCAGCCGUAUCUCAACAACACCAAUCUUCCGCAGGCAAAGCUGUCCCUCCAUCCCACCCAGCCACCGCGACUAACUCAGCCUCCCAGGGCCCCUCCACUACUGUUGACCCUACCUCCCAGCAGAUCCCAUCCUCUAGGCAGCCUCAAUCCCAUCUCAACGGUUCUGCUACCACACAGUCAGCUGCCCCUGAGGAACAGGCUCUCCAGCUGGAGGAAGAGCCAUGGCUUGAUGAGGAAAUGAUGUUGGAGAAGGAGGCCAUGACGCCCCCUGCUCAGCCAGAGGAGAAGCUCCCCAUGGAAGGGAAAGAGGAGCAUUUCGAAGAGAGCAGGCCGCCGACGCCAGAAGAGGAAGAAGAGAUGCCGCCUGAGAGUCCUCCAGUCAUAGAGGAGCCCAAAGAGCCAGUGGAUCCAGCAGUCAGAGCCAAAGAGAACUGGCUAAGGCUCUACAACAAAGUCUUAGAACAGCUUCGGGAGGCUCGAGGAGAGACCUCCAGUUCGCUGUGGUUUGGUAAAGGAGGAAUGGGAGGUGCACUCUACAGUAUCGACAGCAUGCCUGACCUUCGCAAGAGGAAAGCCAUUCCUCUUGUCAGAGAUCUGGCAAUGUCCCUAGUACAGAACUCUCGCAAGGCUGGAAUCACCUCCGCCAUGGCUUCCACCACUCUUGGCAAUGAAGAGCUGAAAAGUCACGUCUAUAAAAAGACCCUGCAGGCACUGAUCUACCCCAUCUCCUCCACCACCCCACACAACUUUGAGGUGUGGACAGCCACCACCCCAACUUACUGCUAUGAAUGCGAGGGGCUGCUUUGGGGUAUUGCCCGACAAGGCAUGCGCUGCUCCGAGUGUGGCGUCAAAUGCCACGAAAAGUGCCAGGACCUGCUCAACGCUGACUGUCUGCAGAGAGCUGCAGAGAAGAGCUCCAAACACGGGGCAGAGGACAGAACCCAGAACAUAAUCAUGGUCCUGAAGGACCGCAUGAAGAUCAGAGAGAGGAACAAACCAGAAAUAUUUGAGCAAAUCCAGGAAGUGUUCGGCCUGGACAAAACAACACACGCCACGCUAAUGAAGCAAAUCAAGCAGAGUGUGCUUGAUGGGACCUCCAAGUGGUCAGCAAAGAUCAGCAUCACUGUGGUAUGUGCUCAGGGCCUGCAGGCUAAAGACAAAACAGGCUCCAGUGACCCUUAUGUGACUGUUCAAGUAGGGAAGACCAAGAAGAGAACCAAGACCAUCUACGGCAACCUUAACCCCGUCUGGGAAGAAAACUUCCACUUUGAAUGCCACAACUCGUCUGACCGCAUCAAGGUGCGCGUGUGGGACGAGGAUGACGACAUCAAGUCGCGUGUGAAACAACGGUUCAAACGCGAGAGUGAUGACUUCCUGGGUCAAACCAUCAUCGAAGUCCGGACUCUGAGCGGGGAGAUGGACGUUUGGUACAACCUGGACAAGAGAACUGAUAAGUCUGCUGUGUCAGGAGCCAUCCGGAUGCACAUAAGUGUGGAGAUCAAAGGAGAGGAGACGGUUGCUCCCUACCAUGUCCAGUACACCUGUCUACAUGAGCAUCUGUUCCAGUACACCACUGAGGAGCAGAAUGGCGGCGUAGUAAAGAUCCCAGAUGCCAAAGGGGACGAUGCCUGGAAGGUGUAUUUUGAGGAGACGGCUCAGGAGAUUGUGGACGAGUUUGCCAUGAGAUACGGAGUAGAAUCCAUCUACCAGGCUAUGACCCACUUUGCUUGCUUGUCAUCUAAGUACAUGUGCCCAGGAGUGCCAGCUGUGAUGAGCACCCUGCUUGCCAACAUCAACGCUUACUACGCCCACACCACCCAGUCCUCCAACAAUGUUUCUGCCUCAGACAGAUUUGCUGCAUCAAACUUUGGCAAGGAGAGGUUUGUCAAACUGCUGGAUCAGCUGCACAACUCCCUGAGGAUCGACCUGUCCAUGUACCGGAAUAACUUCCCUGCCAGCAGUCCUGAAAGACUACAAGACCUCAAGUCCACAGUUGAUCUCUUGACUAGUAUCACAUUCUUCAGGAUGAAGGUCCAGGAGCUGCAGAGUCCCCCCAGGGCGAGCCAGGUGGUGAAGGACUGCGUAAAAGCCUGUCUCAACUCCACCUACGAGUACAUUUUCAACAACUGCCAUGACCUCUAUAACAGGGAAUAUCAGACAGACCCUUCAAAGGCUGUCCCUCCGGAUGAGCAGGGUCCCAGCAUCAAAAACCUGGACUUCUGGUCCAAACUCAUCACCCUCAUUGUCUCUAUCAUAGAGGAGGACAAAAAUUCCUACACGCCUUGCCUCAAUCAGUUUCCCCAGGAACUGAAUGUGGGCAAGAUCAGCGCGGAGGUCAUGUGGAAUAUGUUUGCACAAGAUAUGAAAUACGCCAUGGAGGAGCAUGAGAAGAACCGCCUGUGUAAAAGCGCAGAUUAUAUGAACUUGCACUUCAAGGUGAAGUGGCUCUAUAAUGAGUACUGCAAGGAGCUGCCCACUUUCCAAAAGCAUGUACCCGAAUAUCCAGCCUGGUUCGAACCGUUUGUCAUCAUGUGGUUGGAUGAGAACGAAGAAGUGUCCAGAGAUUUUCUACAUGGAGCCCUGGAGAGGGACAAAAAAGACGGGUUCCAGGUCACCUCGGAGCACGCUUUGUUCUCGUGCUCAGUGGUGGAUGUGUUCUCUCAGCUCAAUCAGAGCUUUGAAAUCAUCCGCAAACUAGAGUGUCCCGACCCUCAGAUCGUUGGCAACUAUAUGAAGAGAUUCGCAAAGACCAUCGGCAACGUCCUGCUGUCUUACGCUGACAUCAUUGCAAAGGAAUUUCCAAAUCAUGUGAAGAAGGAGAAAGUCCCAUGUAUCAUCAUCAAUAACAUCCAGCAGCUCAGGGUUCAGUUGGAGAAGAUGUUUGAGGCUAUGGGAGGCAAAGAUGUGAGUUUCCAUACGUGCUGUUAUUGUUGUGAUUGUGCUGUUAUGACAUGGCUCCUGGAUUCACCCCCUUUUGUUUUCUCCCAGCUCAAUGUCGAGGCUAGCGACUUCCUGAAAGAGCUGCAGAACAAACUCAACAGUGUAAUGGACGACCUCAGCCGCAUCUUUGCUGUCAGUUUCCAGCCCCAGAUCGAGGACAACGUGAGGCAAAUGGGUGACAUUCUAGCCCAGGUAAAAGGUCAGACCGUCCCGGCCAAUGGCAGCGUGGUUCAGGAGGCUGACAACGUCCUGCAGCCCAUCAUGGACUUCCUGGACAGCAACCUGUCGCUGUUUGCUAAGAUCUGUGAGAAGACAGUCCUGAAGAGAGUGCUGAAGGAGCUGUGGAAACUAGUUAUGAACACAAUGGAAAAAACUAUCGUGCUUCCAACGCUUACUGACCAGACGGGCACCCAGAUGAUCUUCAACGCUGCCAAGGAGUUGGGCCAGCUGUCCAAACUCAAGGAGCACAUGGGGCGAGAGGAGGCGAAAGCUCUAACUCCUAAACAGUGUGCAGUAAUAGAGCUGGCACUGGACACUAUUAAGCAAUACUUCCACGCCGGUGGUGUGGGCCUGAAGAAAACGUUCUUGGAAAAGAGUCCGGACCUGCAGUCUCUGCGCUACGCCUUGUCUCUGUACACCCAGGCCACAGACAAGCUCAUCAGGAAGUUUGUCCUCUCACAGAGUGCUCAGGUCCACGGAGGGAAAGGGAUCAGGUGCACGGCAAACGAAGACACACCGCCAGAGAAAGCAUCUGGAGUGGAUGCAGUUGGCGAGGUGGUCAUGUGCGUGGACAUUUUACCCCAACCUAAUGGAGAGCACAAGAUCAGUGUGAAAGUGGUGGCUGCUAAUGACCUAAAAUGGAAGGCGCAGGGCUUCAGGCCCUUUGUGGAAGUCUACAUCAUCGGCCCUCACCUCAGUGACAAGAAGAGGAAAUUUGCCACCAAGUCGAAGAACAACACCUGGUCACCCAAAUUCAGUGAGAGCUUCCAGUACUCCUUGGGCACUGAGGUCGGUCCAGAGAGCUACGAGUUGCAGGUGUGUGUGAAGGACUACUGCUUCGCCAGAGAGGACCGCACCGUGGGCAUUGCCUUGCUGCAGGUGAAGGACAUAGCCAGCAAGGGCAGCGUCACCUGCUGGAUGCCGCUGGGCAGACGCAUCCACAUGGACGAGACGGGCCUGACGGUGUUGCGCAUCCUCUCUCAGCGCAACAACGAUGACGUGGCGAAAGAGUUCGUCAAGCUCAAGUCGGACCAGCGCUCAGCCGAGGAGGGCCGCAGCUGAGGAGGGGAGGGGGCUGAGAGCGCGAGGACACGCGUGUGUGCGCAAAGACACCAGAAAAAAUACCCGAAAUACAUCGUGUUAUGCACAUAUAUAGAACUCACAUCUACAUAGACAACCAUGUGCAAUACACAAGCACACACGAAAAAUGCUCAAUUGUACAUAUAUCUGCAUACAUUAUGCAACAUUUACAUUGCAAUGUUAUCAAUGCAAACAUGGAGGAAUAUGUUUAUAAAAAUUCACGUUUCAUUUUGAAUAUUUCAACAGCUCAGCUCAAAGCAAUUGUCAGUCCCUCACUCAAUUUUUCCUAGAACACAUCACACCUUUUAUACGCUGUACACUUAGAUGUAAUCCAAGGCAGCGCAGAACAACAAAACCAUGUGAAUAGAUUGAGAACGACCACUUUGCACUUUUGCUUCUCUGUGUCUUCAGGAGAGCAGUCCUUACCUAGAUAUGCUCUGUCCGUAUGUCCGCUUGUCUGACUGUGUGUCGUUCUUCCAGUCCGUCAUCCCCCCCCCCCCAAGUCCUUUGCUCUGCGCUGUCUUCCCACAGUGUGAUGUGUUGUGUACGUUGGAGGUGGUCUGUUGGAGGCACUGAUCUAAGAUCAGCUUUCCUAUUGCCCCAAAAAUCCAAAUAGAGAAAAAGAACACUGACCUUAGAUCAGUGUUCAGGGGCAACACCACCACUAGUCUGUCCUGUCAUGUGCUAACGUCCUGCAUGUUGACCCCAGGAACACUGUGACUGACUUUGCUGUAUGGCAACUGUUCCUCUCCCCACACAUAAAAGAUGGGUGCCACAAAUAUUUUACCUGUGUGAGCAUGGUGCACAUAUAACCCUGGUACGAUAAGGUUUUAUAAUUAUUACCUGACUCACCUUCAUUAUCAUGGAGAAAACACACCGACGGUUGGGGGGGAAAACGUUGAGCCUGAUAUGUGCUGUGUUGAUACGAGCGAAAGUUGUGGCCAUUAAAAUACAAACAGCAACACAUCACAACAAACGAAGCAAUACCCCAGUGUCUGACACAUCCACUCCCUAGAGUGCACAUGAACUCCAAAAAGGGCUACAGGACCAGUGGACUGGGAUGUCAGUUUACGCACUAACACAUACUGCCCAUGCUUCUGUUGGCAAAUUGACCCACAAGCUUCCCCGCCACGUGCCCCUAGUCUGCCUGCGCUGCCAUACAAACCCCGCCACAUUACAGACAAACCCCGAUUCAGAAAGUCUCUAAUGAGUAACGCCGCGGAGGAACUUGAAAAUAAAUCCAUGUGAAGCCUAAAGGACACAUGAUGCUCAGUGGAAUGCGUUCCCUCCUGAUCGCCUGCACACGUAUCGAGACCUGUCUCUUUAAGGCAAUAGUUGUUUGUAUGUAUGGUCACUGAACAAACCCUCUGUGAACACUGCUGUGUCUUUUGUUAUUGUGUGCAUGCAUGUGUGUGAAGGGGUGUUUGUAUAUAUAUAUAUAUGUGUGUGUGUGAAGGUGUUUGUGGGCUGAUUGCCACACCUGCAAAAUGGGCUCUGAGAUUGUGAGCAAUAUAUUGUACCUACAUACCUAAAUGUAUGCGCUGUCAACAUAACUACAGCAGCACCAACAGCAAUAUCCACAUCCACGGAAUGGGAAACUUGUGUGUAAAUCACUAAGAUAUUUUAUUUCUGGACUUCCUAUUCCUGUUGGAUGUGUGUAAGCUUGUUCUCACAUGUUUUGGAUAACAGAGAAAGAUAAAUGUUUUGUCCUUGAAUUCCUAUUUGCCUUUAGUAGGACCAAAUUUGCACAUUUGUUGAUUUUUCAAACAAAGAAGCCAUCAGAGUCACCGCCAAGCAUUUAUGUUGUUUAAGCAUUAAUGUUAGUUUCAGUCUUGUCAUGUGCGUAAAUGAACCUCUUUAAACGGUGAGCAAACACUCCCGGCUGUAGUCCGGCUCAUCUUGUAGUCUCUUUGUGAAACAUGAGUAGUGACAGUAGGAUUAAACGCUGCAGCAGGUUUUCCUCUUGCUGUGUGGAGCCACACUGGACGUCACUGCUGGCCUGCCACAUGCUGUCUUUACUGAAAGCUGUUCAAUUCUACCAAAAACAAAGCUUCUGAAUGUUAUUUUCCCUCAGCAGAGCCUUCUUUCUACAAUCAAAGUGUUUGUUCAAUCCAAAAGCAUGACUAGCCUGGAGGACACAAACUCAUGCCUUUUAAUUUAGGCGAUCUUUGGGCAAACUAGCCUUUUGAAAGGAUCUUUUACCACCCCGUUUAACUCACGGUGCAGUUACGUUGUAUGUAUGUGUCGUCUAAGUAAUCCCAGGGCUCAGGACAAAACUUGACGUGUCAGGUCGAAGAUGAAAAGGCAAAACAAGAAUACCAUAAUCCAUCAUCUAGUUUGGGGCUCGUUGGUUGCCUGCUUCAUGUAUGUAUGUACGCACACAAACACACUGAUGAGAUGCACACCUGCACACACACACACCAAUCUCUGCUCAAGCACAAAAAGGGCAUGUGUAAGAUGACACACAUGCAUGCAUGCACGCCGACAAAACCCCGUGGAGACCAAUGACGCCCACCCUGUGAAUAGACUCAACUUACAAUGCAUGAUGGGAAAACUUUAUCGUGCCAGCACGUGUCUCUUUGAUGUUGACUUUUUUUUCCCCCCUUGUUUUUAAUUUCCAAAGUUGUGUCAUCAAUGUUUUGUUUUUUUAAAAGGCUUGUGAAUACGUCAUCUGUAACCAAUAUGAAUGUAGUGUGAACACAAAACUCGCAUGAGAGAAUUAUUUUCUACUAAGGACGUUUCUAAUUUGUUUCUUAUCAUCACUGAUCGUUCUUUAAUGAGGAUGAAGUGGAACUGGAAUGCAGCCUGAUUGUGACCUGCUUCCUAUUAAAAGGACAUUUGUGUCACAAUCUAAA